ACCUGACUCCGUAAUAGAAUUGCCUUUCUUCAUCCUCACCUCACCACACCACACCACACCACAGACUCACUCACUUUCCGCACUCUCCUUCAUUUCGAUUUCCAAAAACACCAUAACCUAAUUGCUCCCUCUCACCUUUCACAGGGAUCCGGUACUACUAGUAUGAUUCAUGUGUAAAAGUAAAACACUUGAUUUCAAUGGACACAACUGCUGUUAAAGAAGAAGAAAAGAUUGCCUGCGUGAUUGGGGACCGGUCAACUAGCGAUGUUGUUGUGAGGCUACGCACCAAGGAAGGUCGAGAUGAUUGGCUGUAUUGCCACUCUGAGAUUCUUGUGAAAAACUCCAAGUUCUUUGCUGAAAGGCUGUCUGAGAGCUGGCCGACUUUAGCGAUCAUUGAUUCGCGAAACUGCGUUGAUGUGUAUUGCCAAGAAUCGAAUUUUGAUCACCAUGUUAAUCUUGUUCGCCUUCUCUACGUUGUCAUAGAUGGUUCAGUUGAUGAUUUGUGGCAUGGUGUUAGAAAUGCCUUAGGAAUUAUCCAGGUGGCGGUUGAGCUUGGAUGCCAACAGAUUGUCACUGCUUGUGUGAGCUACUUAGAAGCGGUCGCGUGGGAAGAGGCUGAGGAGGAGGAGAUAUUGAAAAUUGUUCCUCAAAUGGGAUUACAAGCUGAGCCUAUCUUAGCUAGACUUCAACCAGUAAAACAUUCAGCUCUUGUUAAUGUCUUUCUCUCAGCCGUCCGCUUUGCUACAUCUUCCCCUCCGCCAUCAAUGAAUGAUCUGAAAUCUUCAGUGCAGGAGCAGCUUGAGUACAUGCUAACUGAAGAUGAUGAUGACAGUCCUUUGGUGACAGCUGAUGACAGCAUAAAAAUUGAGGUAAAAGAAUGUGUAAACAAACUAAUUUCCAGGUUUAACAGCUCAUUAAUAGCUUUAUUCUGUGGUUCCACAGAAUCACUUUCUGAGGCAGGGAAUACCCAGUUGUUUCAAUCCUAUUUGACUGAUUUGUUGUGGGCUUGUCAGAUAUUGAGUAAGUUGGAAAUAAUGAGAGAAUUUGUUGAGUAUUGGUUUGAUGCAUCAGAAAAGAUCAUCAGGGUACUUGAGCAAGGAAGUUCAACAACUGAAGUCAUUGAGAUAAAGCUGCGAGCCGUUGAGGUUACAUCAAAGGUUCUAGAGGCAAUUGGAUAUGGUGUUGUUACAUUGCCAACUGUGAAACGACUUCAUGUUUUGAAAUUGUGGCUUCCAUUUGUGAGGGUUACCAAACCAUUGGUUGACUCCGCCUCAAUGAACUCUGAGAGUGAUGUGUUGCUUAAAAUAGAUGGCGAUUUGUGGCAACUCCUGGAAUCCACUUUUGUUUCAAUCAUUCUUGCAUUGCCAUCAGGAGAUCAGGCAGAAGUUUUCACUGAAUGGUUGGAAAAUGAGUAUAUCCGGUAUCCAGACUUAACUGAGGCAUUUGAUGUAUGGUGUUAUAGGUCCAAGGUUGCUAAGAGAAGAUUAUCAUCACUAGGGGAUGCGCAUUCCAUGAUCAACUCUGUUCCUUAAUAUUAGAUGACUAAUCCAAGAUAGGAACCUAGUCAAAGGCAUAAGACACAUCUUCUCUUUGUUUGCAAGUCAAAGGAAAUUUUUGUUGGAGGCAUCCAGAUCAUGUUCAUCCUCUCAAUUCAAUGUAAAUUGUGUUGAAGAGUUGUAAAACAUUGUUGUAGUUCUAACUCUGAACUGUAGAGAAUGUAUUUUUUUGAAAGGGUUGAUUUCAGAGCAACCAAAAUCAUGCAUAACUGACUUAAGGAUAAUAUAGUUGAAAAUUGUGUGUGA